AUGAAGGGAACUCUUAAAGUUAUCGUCGCCGAAGCAAGAAAUUUGAAGGAUGAAGAUCUUGUCGGCAAAAGUGACCCAUAUGUUAAACUUAUUCUCGAUGAAAAUAACAUUCAAACGACUCAAACCAAAAAAAACAACUUGAAUCCGGUAUAUAAUGAACAAUUCUCCUUCAACGUUGACGGACAAAAAAAGCUUGAAAUCAAAGUUUACGACAAGGAUACAGUCGGUGAUGAUGAUUUGAUUGGCGAAGAGAAGAUUAAACUUUCUGAUAUUUCCUCUAAAAAAUACGUAGAUACUUGGGUGAAAUUGACAAAGGGUAAACUUGGAUUCAGAAGCAAGGGAGAAGUUCAUUUGAUUUUGGAAUUCAUUAAUUAA